UCACGACGAGGUAUCGAGCGGCUUAGUUCUUGAGCUGAAGAAGGAGCGAUGCAUCAGCGGCAAGUCCAGGUGUCGCGAAGUCGCAGCGCUGCUCACCUUCUGCUCGUUGAUCUCAGCCUUGGACUCGUGCUUCUGCUCGUCCAUCUUGUCCGAAACGGCGUCCUUGGCAGCCGACAGGCGCGUGCCGACCGAGGCGUUGGAGUCCUUGGCGACCUCCUUGUUGGCCUCCUUGGAGGCGGUCGCGCCACCACCCUGGAUGGUCUCCGACACGUAGUUGGCGGCGUCCUGCAAGAGAGAGAGGUGAGCAACGAAAAACAGUGAGUGGCUCGAGAGGGCGCACCUUGACAGUCUGCAUGGUGAAGUAGUGAAGUUGGUUGGGUGAAGAGGUUGAAGAGUGGUUGGUGGUGAGAGAGGAAGCAGGGCGACGAGGGCCUGCUUCUUAUAGACACGAGGCAGGUCCAGUCUCGAGCGCGCAGCGCAGCGAGCGCGUGCCAUGCCGUGCCAUACGCAACGCCCGUGCACGCCCGUGCGCCAGGGACAACAUGCACGGGGCAGCACUACGUCAUCGGCGCGUCAUCGGCGCACGAUCACUGCGCAGCUGCCUGGCCCUGCAUGGCCCUGCCGCAUCUGGGCCCUGCCAGCGGCGCUGCCGCGCCGAGGCUGUGCAAGCCUCCGUUGCCCAAGAGCCACUCUCUUCUCACGCCGCCCGCCGAGGCACGCGCUGCCUCGCCGCCGAGGCAGGCACAGCGCCCAGUGCCCGCCGCGCCGGCUCGGGCCCUUCGCAGCACCUCCGGGGCAUGGCGCAGCCGCGGCAGCCGAAGCGAGCGCUGCCCUCUCCGCAAGUGAUGCCGAGCGCUCGGCAAAGCUGCGCAGCGCUGAGUCGGCCACGUCGCCAACCCCACACGCCCGACGCCGCUGCAAGCUGCUGCACGCCGCCGCAUGCCGCUUCCGCCGCAUUCCACGCCGCACUCCGCAGCUCUUCGGAGGGCCAGCAAGCACCUUGAACAGCGCAGCACAGCGUCAGCGUGCAGCGUGCAGCAGCGAUGGGCUGGCAGAAGGGACGAGCUGGCAUGUGAUGGCCGAGGCGUGCCAGCAACGCGCAGCCGCGGCCGCACGUCGGCGCAAGCCACAGCAGCGCAUCGGCAUCCGCACCCGGCACUCCCGGCCUCAGCGCCUUGCCCUCCUCGCGCGGUCGCGCCUGAUGCUGCUGCGGGAGCAAUCAGCCGCCGGCGCACGGUGCUCUCGGCAGGGCUCGGCGCUGACCAAGGUACAGUGCCGUCAUGUGCGCUCGGCGCCGGUGGCUGUGAGGCGCACCAACGACGUGGAGAGAGCACGGAGGCGGCGGCUCAACCGCAGCGGCGAGGCCUCUCGCUGAAAGGGCGCAGACCCACGGUGAUGCUGUGCGCAUCCAUCACAGCAUCUCGCUCGGCCCAGGGCGGGCUGGGAUUACCCAGCUUGCAGCAUCAGCGGGUCACGCUGCGGCGCAGCCACAUCGUGCGCGUCAUGACGUCCCGCAGCGCCGGCGGAGGCCGCACUCUUACUGCUGUCCGCGCGGCCGCUUCCGGUUCGGCUUCCUCGGCGAGCGCCC